AUGGCCCUCAUGACGGCCAAUGCAUCCGUCAAUGAUGUCCUUGUUAAGACUGUCGCCCGUUACAUACUUGCACGUUACACCAUUCCGUACACCCCUGACAUGCAUGUCCGAUGUGUUGCUCACAUUAUCAAUCUGGUAGUGCAGGCCUUUCUUGCAGGCUUAGACGAGGCACCGGAUCCGGAUGAAGAAGAUCUAUUCGAUGUCAUCGAGGACUACCUGAUCCACUAUGAUGUUGAGAAAGAUGAAGUGCACAAAGCGAUGGAGGAUGAGAUUGUCGAUACAGAGGAGUUGAAGAAGAAGGAUAUCCAAAUUGACGAAGAUGAGGUGGCGACGAUGGGAGAGGCAAGCCCGCUGAAACGAGAUGUCAGGACACGAUGGAAUUACACGCAUGCAAUGAUUGAGCGAGCUGAUCUGCUUGAAGAUGUUGUCAAUACCUGGUUCUUUGAGACGAAGGAACUUCAUGGUGUGAUGCUCUCGGUGGCUGAUUGGAAGUCAUUGAAGCAGAUUGGUGCCAUUCUCGAGGAAUUCACGAAGGCAACGUUCAAGAUCUCACACGGCGGAAUGCCAACUAUCCCUUUUGCCCUGCCGGUCUUCGUCGCAAUGGAAUUUCAUCUCAAGAAGUUCUCCGAUGACGCUCAGGCCUUUUCAUACAAAGUCCGUGCAGGAGCAAAGGCAGGGCUUGCUAAGCUUAAGAUCUACGCAGAUCGUGCAUUCUCGAACCAAUACUAUCUCCUUGGGACAGUCCUUCACCCCAAUCUCCGCACCCGUUGGUUUUCCAAACUCGGACAAGGCAAGCCCGACGAGUCGAGGGUUGAGGCCUUGCUCCAUCACGUUGCCGAGACCUACAAAGAAGAACAUCCAGCCCAGAACAACCACGAAGACACUUCCACUUUUACUGGCUUGAAAAGCUUAGCGGCAAGAUCGCGCGACAUCCUUGAGGACAUCUGUGAUGUUGACAUACCCGAGGCGACAAAAAUAACCAGCCAGCAAACAGCUCUCGAGGACGAGAUCAAGCGCUACAUCAAAUUUGAAGGUGGGAAGGGAAAUCUUUAUGACCCUCUUGCUUGGUGGAAGGCACGUACUCCCAAAUCCUCAGUGAUUCAUGGCGCAGCAUUUCCAACGCUUGCUCGGAUGGCACGGGACUUCCUUGCCAUUCCGGCUACCAGUGUCUCCGUGGAGAGAGGGUCUUCUCGCAGUCUCGUCACAUCUGUCGAGAUCUCAGGUCAUCCUUGA